AUGCCAUUCAGCGACACUAUUCUUGACUACUUGGUGCAGAAGACGUAUAACGCAAUACCCCGGAACGCUCGGCUGAAUACAUCAGUCCAACCAAUAGGCUCAGCCACGCCGCCGCCACUACGCAACUUUAUUUCUCACCUGUCUCGGGAAGUAAACGUCCCCAUCCUCACGUGGAUAGCGACGACGGUAUAUCUAGACCGUCUAAAGCCCAAGCUCGGGUCUACUAGGGAAACGCUUAGAUGUACUGCACACCGGAUUUUCCUUGCAAGUCUGAUCAUCACUGCGAAAUAUCUAGAUGAUGACUAUCGAAUAAACAAAGACUGGGAGAAGCACAGCUAUAUGCGGUUCAAUCACCGCCUUUCUUGGUUCACAUUAGGAGAUAUCAAUUUGAUGGAAUUGGAGGUGUUGUCAUUGUUGGACUGGAACCUUACUAUUUCUGCACUUGAGGUUUACCGAAGGUCGGAGACGUUUUUUAAUAGUCGUCAUAACGUCAUGAGUGAAAACAUCUAG